UUUGGCACCUUUUGCACCUUCCGUGUCGGGGGGACAACUACCAGAGAGUGCGGCGCGACAACAAAAGUGACUCUGCCAAUCUGCUGAUGGUGCGCCGGAGCCAGUCUUUUGAGCUGCAGUCACACUUCUGCUCUGAUAAGUCGGAUAAGUUGCAUCCUGCAAAGGAGCCCGAUCGGCAUCCUCCGUCUCUGAUCUCCCGGCCAAGGAUGGACCACGGGAGCGCAUUUCGCGCCUCCGUUUUACUGGCUUGUGUGAUAAUCUGCAGCAACGUGCUAUGUCCCGUCGGUGCCUAUCUCUACAACAACCGCUACGCAGGUGAUCAAGUCUUCAGGAUAACUCCCAGCAAUGAUGAGGAGGUCCGAGUGCUCAAGAAAAUCCUGGGACAUAUGAAGGUGGACUUCUGGCAGCCCAACAGUGCUGCUCUAAUCUGUCAAAAUGCCACCGUGGACGUCCACGUGAACCGCAAUGACACCCGAGGUUUACAUGUGCGCUUAAAGCAGGAGCGUAUUGAUUAUCGGGUUUUUAUCUCCAAUCUACAGAAGGAAAUUGAAAAGCAGACGGGAUAUCGCUCCUCUCGCAAGCGGAGGUCAGAGUCUCAGUAUGACUACGAGGUUUACCACUCUCUGGAAGAGAUCCAGAGCUGGAUGUUUGAGGUGAACAGAACCCGCUCCGACCUGGUUGACAUGUUCUCCGUCGGGAAGUCAUACGAGGGAAGGCCGCUUUAUGUGCUUCAGAUAGGGAAGAGAAGUCGUCAUCAGAAGAAAGCCGUGUGGAUUGACUGCGGCGUCCAUGCCAGAGAGUGGAUAGGACCUGCCUUCUGCCAGUGGUUUGUCAAAGAGGCCAUCAACUCAUACCCGCAUGACUCUGUAAUGAGACGACUGCUUAACCAGCUCAACUUCUACAUCAUGCCUGUCUUCAAUGUGGAUGGAUAUCAUUUCAGCUGGACCACGGAUCGGUUCUGGAGGAAAACACGGUCCAAAAAUCACAAGUUCCACUGCCGGGGAGUGGACGCGAACAGAAACUGGAAAGUGAAAUGGUGUGAUGAGGGUGCAUCCUCUCAUCCCUGCGAUGACACCUACUGCGGUCCCUUCCCCGAGUCUGAGCCUGAAGUCAAGGCUGUCGCCAAGUUCUUGCGCAAGCACAAGAAACGUGUCAAAGCGUACAUAUCCAUCCACGCCUACGCCCAGAUGCUGCUUUACCCCUAUUCCUACAAAUAUGCCACUAUCCCCAACUUCAACUGCGUGGAGUCAGCAGCUCACAAUGCAGUGACAGCCCUGUACUCUGCCUACGGAGUGAGGUACAGAUAUGGACCUGCCUCCACAACUCUGUAUGUCAGCUCAGGCAGCUCCAUAGACUGGGCCUACAGAAACGGGAUCCCGUACGCGUUUGCAUUCGAGUUGAGGGAUACAGGAUACUUCGGCUUCCUCCUGCCCGAAUCCCUGAUCAACCCGACCUGCACUGAGACUAUGAGGGCGGUGAAGGCCAUUGCGUCGGGGCUGCUGAAGAAGUGCGAGACAGACAGGGAGAGAUUUCCAUAUAUAUGACCGCACUGCAGCUCCACCCUCACAGUCACUUAUCUCGACACCUCAUAUCCCUCUCGAGAGUUCAUAUUCCUCCCAGAUAUUAUCAGGUGAUGAGCUGACAAGGCGCAGCAAAGCAUGAAUUUUAAUUUGCUGUUCUUGUUUUUGAGGUUGUUCACAUUAUUUUUCCUCUCUGAUAAAAUAUGAACUGAUGGCGGUGUUUUUUUUUUGUUUUUUUUUUGUGCCAA